UAAAAGCAAUCUAUUUUCUCGGAGAUAACCCAGAUACAUAGAAUACGGGGGUCAGUUAGCCGAUUGGUGUCUUUUCGCUGUAUCCGUGCUGGUAUCUUUAUUUACCUGCUCUGACUAUCCUCAAGAACAACAUAAUAGAAUGGAAAUUUUGUAUACCGCUGCUUACAUGCAGAUUGCGCGAAUAAGUUCUAUUUGUUAAGAAAGUAUCGGUCUUGCAGGUAGAGUUUUACUGCGAUUAAUAAUAGAUUCAUCCCUUUAAUCAAUAGCAAUCUUACUUCGUCCUUUGAAGCCUUAAGAAUGUCGCGCAAACCUCGCCAUAAAGUGUGCCGGACUAACAGAGAAAAAUGUGUUUGAGUGUGUAAUGAUUAUUAAAGAUUGGACUAAAGGACAUUCAAAGUCUAAGGAAUGUGUUUCUUUUCAAGAUGAGGAGCAGAGACAUUUUACUGUGGCAAGUCUCCGUGUUAGUGUCAAUCAAAUAUGCAUUCUCCAUAGACUGCUAUGUAUGUACUUCCCUAAAUGGUAAAAACCAACCUUGUGAGGAUGAGUUUCAGAAGGAUCUGAGCACUUCACUCUUUAUCAACAGGACGUGUUUCUUUGCAUAUUUCAAAGGCACACACUGUAUAAAGCUAAAAGGAAUAAGAGCUGAUGGUACAAGCAUUCUGGUUCGACAAUGUGGGGAUUACGAUUGGGGAAGUCAUUGUGGGGACAUUCUGUACGACUCGGGGGACGGGCGCGGGGAAGAACUGAUAGACGGGUGUUUGGAAUCGUGCGACCAUGACGGCUGUAACUUAGCUAACCGGAGUCAAUGGAGUGGGACACUUUUCACUAUUUCUCUGAUUUACGCGUGUUUCUUCCACAUUGACUACAAUUUUUAGUACAAAGUGCUGACUUAUAUAACUUUACACAGAAAAUGCACUAUGAUUUACUACACACCAUGAUACACAGGAGAUAUAUUUGUAAAUAUAUAAUAUUUGCUGUAUGUACAUAGUUUAUAAUAAUCCUUUAUAAAAUCCCUUCUGUACACUUCGAUUUUAAUUUCCAAAUAUUCCACAGUGUUUGUCCACAUCUAAAAACCGAUGUGGCUGAACUAAAUCUUGAUUUAAUUUCGCCAUAUUACACUUUUUGUUUAAACCAUAUAUACUUAUCUUUUAUUUAGUACACAUGUUAUAUUAAAUCGAUUCUAGAUUAUAUUUAAAUGUUUUUCACUUAAGAUGCAUAUGUAUUGGUUAUCGACAAGAUUCAUGCAAUGUGAAUUUAAUAUAACUACAAAACACUUUUUUAGAAGUCACUUAUUAGUUUUCAAUUUGUUAAUUGUGUGGUUAAUUAUACCGUGUUUAUUGUUUUGAAUGCAUCAUCGAAAGUGUGAGAAUAAACAGUAACUUCAAGAAGAAUUCGUAAUUAUAUUCACCAAAGCUGGAUAAGGUGUCACGACAUCAUAGUUUUGCAACUAAAGCAAUUAUAUAAUCAUCUGAUACCCUUUCAGUUUAAACAUUUAUAUUAGAGAAAUAUUUCGAAUAGAUUUUCAUUCCGAAAUGAGGACCCUUUUGAUAUUGUUGGCACGAAUAGAUACGAUUUGCGUGUGUUUGUCAGGCACAUACAC